UAUCACUUCAUACCGAUCUAUCUCAUUCUUUAAAGAACUGCAGCGAUAUUCUGUUGCGUGCAUGUCUUAAUUUGCCCAAGCAAUUUGUUGUCGUACACCGGGACUGUUUCUGAUUUUGCUCUGACAAGCAGAGACGCAAAGUGCAAUAUCUUUGCACAAAUGGAUUUGAGUACAGGUGGAAAAUAUCUUUUCCACUAUUAGGGGUGAAUUGCUAGAUUAUGAGGCUAGGUCAAUGGCUAUGUGGCUUUAAAAUUUUGGUAUGAAGUUCUAUAUAGUCAACCGAUUUACUCUUCCUAUCAACCGCCCAGUUCUGCUGUAUUCUAAUAUUAGGCCAUGUACCACAGUAGUCUGCAUAUUUUUUGAGGGCAGGCACUUCCUAGUAUUCACAUUUGUCUGGCUGGCAGAAUUAGCUUUCCAUAUUUGAGUUAACGUUGAAUUUUGUAUCUCUUAGCGCCGAUUCUAGGCUUGACAUACAGCAGACUCAGCAGGUGUCUAUUACAAUUCCUCAAUAAUUAGAGAAGCUAACAUUCACUGAAGUGUAUUAAAUGCCGCGACUUGUGCUAAGCGCGCUUUCUCUUCCACCACUUUCACUCACGAUCUCCUUCCUCCCGGGGGGAGGGGGUGUCCAGCACCACCACCCGCCUUAUCUGUGCAUUCGUUGGCCGAUCCCGACGCCCGUUACUGCUGAGCCACGCCCAAGCCACGCCCCCACGCAUUCCGCAGGAGAAGGCGUGGUCAUUGUGGCGCUGGACCUUCGAGACCGUCUCCUCUCGUGAGAAUCUGGAUACGCUCGAAGACCGGUGCCGUGAGUGUGGGAGCGCGUCUCGCGGGCCCGCGGAGUCGACGCGAGAGGCCUGCGGCCGCUGCUGGUGCACGCCGCCGCCCCCCCUCCCCCGGCACGCAGGCUCCGUGCGAUUUCGCGCACGCGCGCGCGCACCCGCCCAACCCUUGGUCUGGCCAGCAGGGACCCGCCUGGCGGAGGCAGGGCCGAUGAGAUACUAGGGGAGGAGCCCGAGCUGCUGCCGCUGCCGCCGCCGCCGCCGCCGCCGCCGCCGCCGCCGUCGCCGCCGCUGCUGCCACUGCCUCCGCACCCGGAGAGGAGCAUGUCUGCAACUCGAGCCAAGAAAGUGAAGAUGGCCACCAAAUCGUGCCCUGAGUGCGACCAACAGGUUCCUGUUGCAUGUAAAUCGUGUCCCUGUGGUUACAUAUUUAUUAGCAGAAAACUUUUAAAUGCAAAACACCCAGAAAAAUCACCACCUUCUACAGAGAAACAGGAAAAGGAAAUUGACAUCUAUGCUAACCUCUCUGAUGAAAAGGCUUUCGUGUUUUCAGUCGCCUUGGCAGAAAUAAAUAGAAAAAUUAUCAAUCAAAGACUUAUUCUCUGAUAUUUGUCUGCACAAUGUGUUGAAACUUUCUUCAGGAUUACAUCAGCAAAUUCUCCAACAGUUGUGGACUCUCAGGAGCAUUCUGACUGCAUCAAUAAGGGCCAUUGAUUGUUUUUUUUUCCCCUUGUCAUUUAGCCUGUGCCACACUUUGGGAGCAAAGCUGUAGGCUUGGACUGUUCUGGGGUUUCCUUGUUUACCAAGGAGUAUUGUCAGUGUUUUGUGUUUGGGAUAUAAGUAAGUAUAUUUACCAAAAACAAAAACAAACAAAAACAAUGGAUGGCUGUUAAAAGGGUAAAGGGGUAGGGGGUGGGAGUGGAAGAAUGAAAACUAGGGAAAUAAAACGCUUGUUAGUUUUCAGGUUUGCCACCAGAGAUGCAAUAUUUUAAGUACUUGGAAAAAGAGUGACUUUUAAAAAUAUAUAUUUCAGAUUUUCAGCACUAACAGAUUGCAUAUAUACAGUUCAUUUACUUUUAAUAAAUUGGCAAUUGAUAUUUUAUUGAAUGGGGAAUUAAGAAUAUAAACUGUAAAUUUUGUCUUGAUUUUUUUCUUGGCCUUUAUUUUUAUGACUUAAGGUAUGAGUUAUAUUUUGGGAGAUACUUUCUAGACAUUUGGGAAGUUUGGGUGCUAUAUGAAGAAAAACAUUUAAGGAUAUAUCAUACUUCAGAUAUAAACAUCUUGUUUUCUUGAAUGUAAUUUAUUUAUUGGUUUAAAAAAAACCUUUUCUGCUCUCAAGAUGGUGCCUGUUAACCUAAACAUAAGAUAUAUUUAUUACAUACAAAAUAUUUCUUAGCCACUUUUAAGCAGUAAUGUUUUAUCUGAAUGGAUGUUCAUUUAUACAUCCUGAUAAUUAUUUAAAUUGUUACUUAACCUCACUCUGGAAAAAAAAUAAACCUUAAUAUUGAAACUAAUAGAUUAAUAGUGUGGUAUAAGUUUGUGCUCUAUGAAGUUGUGAACUAUAUUUAAAUUCUUAGUUUUUCUAGUCAUAAAUGAUAACUGUUUAUAGCUGAUUUAUUUUAUACUAGAUGCUUUUGCAUUUUUGCAUAUCAAUUUAACAUUCAAAUUUGACCAUAACUUCCCUUAUUUCAGGUACCUCCCUCUCCCACCCCAGUGGCCAAAUCUGUUUGGAAGUCCAGAAGCCCUAUUAGUGAAGGUAGUCAUCAGCCAGAUUUAACUUUAAGAGAAUUUCCCUUUCAGUUUCAAUAGUAGCAUUGGCAGCUUCAUCCUGCAUCUCCCAUCACCUCCCAAAAGAAAAAAAGAUUCACAUUUUUUCCUAUUUCAUUUAAAUGGUAGCCAGCAGAGGGAGCUUAAGAGGUACUCUAGGUAGGAUGCAGAAUUAUUCUAAGAAUUUUCUAAGAAUUCCUUUACCCUCAAUCCCCCUAUUUACCUGCAGGUACUACUACAAUUAUCUUGUAUGCAUUUUAAAGCUCUAGUAAUAAAGUUUAUUCCCAAGCAUGCUAAUGUGAUUUUAUCUUUGAAAUAUAAGAAAACUAUUUUUAAUUUGACAAAAAAAAUAAUAUCUAAAAUGCUUGUGAGUAUAUAUAUGUCCUCAGAAAAAGGGAGAAAAGCUUAUGGAGUAGGCAUCUCUUUAAAGAAUUAUUGAUGUCAGAAUCUAUCCAUUUAAAGCUGGAGACCUUAGAGGAAAGUCAUGUUAAAAUAGUCAUGUAUACAAUAAGGGUGGAGACUGGUGACUAGGCUGGAGCUUGCCAUGUAAAGAGAUAAUUUAUUUCAGAUGCUCAUAAGGUUAAAUCAUUGUCUUAUUUAAAAAGUUCUUUGGCAGAGGGACAAAUUAAGCUUCUCCUAUUUGUGAUGUAACCUAUUUAAAAAAUUUCUCUAAAAAUUGUAUUCUCUGAUAUGUUUAUAAUCUAUCUCAUUAUAAAGCUGAAUUUGUCUAAAAAUGUUGUAAUGGCCUCAGAAUAUAUUACUUGUUAUUGGUGUUUAA